CGCUGACGCUCUGGGUGCGUGAUGGGGGUGGGACCCCGAGCCCGGAGCCCGCAGCGCAGCUGUGUGCGGGCGCGUGUGUUUGCGUGGGCGUAGCGUCGUAGCUCCCCGGAGUUCUUUGCUCUCCCAAGCCACACGGUCUCCAGCGGUGCCCGAGGCGCCUGGGGAGGUCUGGCUGACCAGUCCCCGCUGGCCGGUGGGCGGCCUGGGGGCGGGGCGGGGCAGCUCGGCCCUCCUCCGGGGCGCACCCCUAAGGGAAGAAAAGACACCCUGGGCUGCGAGGAAAAGUUUCUUCCUGGCAGGGCCGGCUCGGCGCCGCUCCGCAAGCCGUCAGGGUGAGCCCGCCUUCCUCGCUGCGGGGCUUGGAGCCUCCAGCCCGCCCGCAGCGCAGCCCAGGCCGCCGGGCCAGCUUCGGCCGGGAGAACGCAGGGACAGCCUGGGAGUGCGGAGCCACUGACUGUCCACGCGGGGACCGUGAGCACCCACUCGCGGGUCUCCCAGCCACUCUCCCCCGCAACUUUGCGUGCUUUGUUCUCUGGCUGAAAAAUGCUCCACCGAAGCGCCGUAGACCGGGUCUUCUCCAGGCGGCAAGGGCUCGGCCAGGAGACGUGUUAUGCUCUCAGCUCCCCAUCAAUUAUGGAUGGAAACAAAUAAGGAAAAGUCAAUUUUGUAUGAGACGCGUCUUUCGCAGCCAGAGGCGUCUUGUAGCCGGGAGCAGAGGCAGGCAAACCGAGCCCAACAACCAGGUAGCUAAGUGGGACUUCUGAGGAGGGGGAGCUCAGAUUUCUUCUUGGCCAACCAUGGGGUUCUUUCUGCUUUGGUUCUGCGUGCUGUUCCUUCUGGUCUCCAGGUUACGAGCGGUCAGCUUCCCAGAAGAUGAUGAGCCCCUUAACACGGUUGACUAUCACUAUUCAAGGCAAUAUCCGGUUUUUAGAGGACGCCCUUCAGGCAACGAAUCGCAGCACAGGCUGGACUUUCAGCUGAUGUUGAAAAUUCGAGACACACUUUAUAUUGCUGGCAGGGAUCAAGUCUAUACAGUGAACUUAAAUGAAAUCCCCCAAACAGAGGUGAUACCGAGCAAGAAGCUGACAUGGAGGUCCAGACAACAGGAUCGAGAAAAUUGUGCUAUGAAAGGCAAGCAUAAAGAUGAAUGCCACAACUUCAUCAAAGUCUUUGUCCCAAGAAAUGAUGAGAUGGUUUUUGUCUGUGGUACCAAUGCUUUCAACCCGAUGUGCAGAUACUAUAGGUUGAGAACCUUAGAGUAUGAUGGGGAAGAAAUUAGUGGCCUGGCACGAUGCCCGUUUGAUGCCCGACAAACCAAUGUCGCCCUCUUUGCUGAUGGAAAACUCUAUUCUGCCACAGUGGCUGAUUUCCUGGCCAGUGAUGCUGUCAUUUACAGAAGCAUGGGAGAUGGAUCUGCCCUUCGCACAAUAAAAUACGAUUCCAAAUGGAUCAAAGAACCACACUUCCUUCAUGCCAUAGAAUAUGGAAACUACGUCUAUUUCUUCUUCAGAGAAAUCGCCGUGGAGCAUAAUAACUUAGGCAAGGCUGUGUAUUCCCGUGUGGCUCGCAUUUGUAAAAACGACAUGGGUGGCUCACAGCGGGUCCUGGAGAAACACUGGACUUCCUUCCUUAAGGCUCGGCUGAACUGCUCCGUUCCUGGAGAUUCCUUUUUCUACUUCGACGUCCUGCAGUCUAUAACAGACAUAAUCCAAAUCAAUGGCAUCCCCACUGUGGUUGGGGUCUUCACCACACAGCUCAACAGCAUUCCUGGUUCUGCAGUCUGUGCCUUUAGCAUGGACGACAUUGAGAAAGUGUUCAAAGGGCGGUUCAAAGAGCAGAAAACCCCAGACUCUGUUUGGACAGCGGUUCCCGAAGACAAAGUACCAAAACCAAGGCCUGGCUGUUGUGCCAAACACGGCCUCGCAGAAGCUUACAAGACCUCCAUCGACUUUCCAGAUGAUACCCUGGCUUUCAUCAAGUCCCACCCGCUGAUGGACUCUGCCGUCCCACCCAUUGCCGAUGAGCCCUGGUUCACAAAGACACGGGUCAGGUACAGGUUGACAGCCAUCGAAGUGGACCGUUCAGCGGGGCCAUACCAAAACUACACAGUCAUCUUUGUUGGCUCUGAAGCUGGCGUGGUACUUAAAGUUUUGGCAAAGACCAGUCCUUUCUCUCUGAAUGACAGUGUGUUACUCGAAGAGAUUGAAGCUUAUAACCCAGCCAAGUGCAGCGCCGAGAGUGAGGAGGACAGAAAGGUGGUCUCAUUACAGCUGGACAAGGAUCACCAUGCUUUAUACGUGGCCUUCUCUAGCUGCGUGGUCCGCAUCCCACUCAGCCGCUGUGAGCGCUACGGAUCGUGUAAAAAGUCUUGCAUUGCAUCUCGUGACCCGUACUGUGGUUGGUUAAGCCAGGGAGUUUGUGAGAGAGUGACCCUCGGGAUGCUGCUGUUAACUGAAGACUUCUUUGCUUUCCAUAACCACAGCGCUGGAGGAUAUGAACAGGACACGGAGUAUGGCAACACGGCCCACCUAGGGGACUGCCACGAAAGUUUGCCUCCUUCAACUACACCAGAUUACAAAAUAUUUGGCGGUCCAACAUCUGACAUGGAGGUAUCCUCAUCUUCUGUUACCACUGUGGCAAGUAGCCCAGAAAUUACAUCUAAAGUGAUUGAUACCUGGAGACCUAAACUGACGAGCUCCCGGAAAUUUGUAGUUCAAGAUGACCCAAACACUUCUGAUUUUACUGAUACUAUAUCAGGUAUCCCAAAGGGUGUACGGUGGGAAGUCCAGUCUGGAGAAUCCAACCAGAUGGUCCACAUGAAUGUCCUCAUCACCUGCGUGUUUGCCGCUUUUGUCUUGGGCGCGUUCAUCGCAGGAGUGGCCGUAUACUGCUACCGUGACAUGUUCAUGCGGAAGAACAGAAAGAUCCAUAAAGACGCAGAAUCCGCCCAGUCGUGUACAGACUCCAGCGGAAGCUUUGCCAAGCUGAAUGGCCUCUUUGACAGCCCCGUCAAGGAAUACCAGCAGAACAUUGAUUCUCCCAAACUCUACAGCAACCUGCUGACCAGUCGGAAGGAACUGCCACCAAACACGGAUACAAAGUCCAUGGCCGUGGAGCACAGAGGCCAGCCUCCCGAGCUGGCUGCUCUCCCCACGCCGGAAUCCACACCUGUCCUCCACCAGAAGACCCUGCAGGCCAUGAAGAGCCACUCUGAGAAGGCCCACGGCCACGGUGCUUCAAGGAAAGAACACCCCCAGUUUUUUCCUUCUAGUCCUCCACCCCAUUCCCCAUUGAGUCACGGGCAUAUCCCCAGUGCCAUCGUUCUUCCAAACGCCACUCACGACUACAAUACAUCCUUCUCAAACUCGAAUGCCCACAAAGCCGAAAAGAAGCUUCAGAGCAUGGAUCACCCUCUUACGAAGUCAUCCAGUAAGCGGGAGCACCGGCGGUCUGUGGAUUCCAGGAAUACCCUCAAUGAUCUCCUGAAGCAUCUAAAUGACCCAAACAGUAACCCCAAAGCCAUCCUGGGAGAGAUCCAUAUGGCUCAUCAAACCCUCAUGCUGGACCCAGUGGGACCAAUGGCUGAGGUCCCACCCAAGGUCCCUAACCGGGAGGCAUCUCUGUACUCCCCUCCCUCCACACUCCCCAGAAAUAGUCCAACCAAGAGAGUAGAUGUCCCCACCACUCCUGGGGUGCCAAUGACUUCUCUGGAAAGACAAAGGGGUUAUCACAAAAAUUCCUCCCAGAGGCACUCUAUAUCUGCCGUGCCUAAAAACUUAAACUCACCAAAUGGUGUUUUGUUAUCUAGACAGCCGAGUAUGAACCGUGGAGGCUAUAUGCCCACCCCAACAGGGGCGAAGGUGGACUAUAUUCAGGGGACACCGGUGAGUGUUCAUCUACAGCCCUCCCUCUCCAGACAGAGCAGCUAUACCAGUAAUGGCACCCUCCCCAGGACGGGACUAAAGAGGACACCAUCCUUAAAACCUGAUGUGCCACCAAAGCCUUCCUUUGUUCCGCAAACCACAUCUGUCAGACCACUGAACAAGUAUACGUACUAGGCCUCAAGUGUGCUAUUCCCGUGUGGCUUUAUCCUGUCUCUGCUGUUUCGAGGAAGCUGUGAGGGUACCUUCAGAUGAGAUACCUGCUUGUAUUUUAAGAGAAACAAGUAGCCAAAGAAACUCUGUCACUUUGGUAACACCAGAACUUGCCACAUGUAGCUACUACAGCAAGGCUUCUGUGUACUUGCCGGAAACGAAGGGAGGUCCUGCUCAUUCCAUUUCUUUCGUUUGAAGCCGAAGGGAUGUGUCGCCAGCGAAGGCUCCCUUCACCAGUGUAAAGAGCUGAUACAGUACUCAGAAGACUGAACAAAUACUUGAAAAUGGGUUCAAUGUAGACUGCCAUUCUGUGUGGUCUUCCCAUUCAAUGUGAACAUUUUAAUAUGUAUGCAUUCACCUUGCCUCUUGCACAAAUGUCAAAAUGGAAAGAUGGGAAUGUCUCAAAACAAAAUGAGCUUGGAGAUUACCAAGCAGUUUGCUGAAAAUUCAGUCUUUGACCCAAACUGUAGCAAUUUUUUUUUCUGGUGUGGCACUGUUUUGUUUUGUUUUGUUUUGUUUUGUUUUGUUUUGUUUUUCAAUGCCACCAACAAACUGUGUUAAGAGAGGGGUGUGUGUGUGUGUGUGAGAGAGAGAGAGAGAGAGAGAGAGAGAGAGAGAGAGAGAGAGGGAGAGAGAGAGAGAGAUCUACCCAUUAGCAUUGAUUUAGGUGCCCAUUGCAUCUUUGUACUGUGGAGUUGUUUACAGUAAGCAUGACUGAACAGGCACUAACAUCCUCCUACACCGGUCCAUCGUGUUGGGCUCUGAUAAGGACUAGACAAGGCUUCUCUGACUGUCAAGUGAUUGACAUAACCUAUGUGGUAUCCGGUGUCAGAACAUUUAAGCGUUCUAAAUAAUUUUGUGCUGCUAUCCAUCAGAACGUCUAUUUCAGCCUUGCCAGCUUAAGAACUUAGAGAAAUUAAGAGGUAUCCUUGAUGUAUCUACCAGUAUUCAGUAGUAACAUUUACCUGUCCACUGUGAAUCAAAGCCUGGGGCACGCUACUCAACCUCGGACACACUUACAGGCGUUUAUUUUGAUUGUGUUAUUUUAUUUUCCAUACAGUAAAAAAUUCCCUCUCUUAACUCCUCUCACCCCCAACUCCCAAGGCGAAAGAGAAACCAAAAGUAGGACAAAAGAAAGAGACAGACAGAAAAAGACAGACAGAACAGGAAUUACAGUUGGCUUAGCAGGGAGGAUCUGUAGAGCUCUUGGUGAUCCUUCCUCCAUGUGUGUCCUGUGAGGAUUUUGCUCAUGAGUCAUGCAGGCAGUGACAGUGAAAUGUAAAUACCACAUGUGAGUUUACCUGGAUCUGUGCAUUUUGUGCCUUAUUCACGCGAGUGGUAGAAGUUCCGCGGUAUGUUGAGUGUUUCCACUACAAAGCAUCAUUUCCCAUGUGCCACUUGUAAAUGUUUUGCAGCCAGCACCUGAAGACUUCUUAUACAGUCAUAAAGCAACCUAGAGCGAUUUGUUGUUGAGCAACGCGCCCCUUCCCUCCAGGAUCAGAAGCAGCACCCACCCUUGCCAUGAUAAACAUUCCAUCCCCUGCUGUUCUGAUAAUGUGAAGUCAGAUGAGGGUUCCCAGAGAAUGUGGCACCUGCGGAAACCAUGUCUAGAGUCGUUUCUAUGUAGCUUGGCAGAGCCCACUGAUGGCUGCAGGUGUGUAGCCUACUGACAGCUUUGGUUAACCCACUGCACAUCACCCAGUCAUUUACCUAACUUACUCUAGAAAUGUCCACAGCCAAGGAAGGCUCCUGAGCCAGUCAGGCAGAGUUCAAGUGAUAUCUUGGGACAGUGACGAUGGCCUGCAUUACUUGGGGGAGGAUGGGGUACAAGACACCAGAUCAUUUUUAUACAGGAUGUAGAGUACUGACGCGGUUGAUCUUUUCCUUCAAGAACAUUCUUUUCUAUAGAAAAAUGAUUCCCUGUGAUCUUCUGGAAGCUCCAAAGCUGAAACCCUUCAGCUUUGCAACUAAAAAUAUUACAGUUUAAUAAUCAAUUAAACCAACCAACAAUAAGCACUACACAUCUGCCACCAACAAUGUUGUUUGCAUUUACCUUACCAAUAUUAAUCCCAGCGUGGUAACUGUGUGACCCCGAUAACAUUUUGUAACAUUGUGCUGCCUUAGAGUUUGUACUGUGAGUUCUAUCAGUAUUUAUGUUGAAAUUUCUAACAUGGAUUCUAGUCUCUAUUCUGUUAAUUUAAUUUUAAAUGCUUUAUCCAUUUGUGCAAAGGUAAACACAGAUUGUAUCUUUUUUAAUGGUACGGCAUAAAAAAAUAACCCUAAAGUGAAGUGGCUCUAUACUGUUUUAUAGAGUACUUUAACGUGUAUAGAUAUCUUGUAAACUUGUAUUGUGGAUGUGUAAAUAAUAUGUACUUUGGGUUUUUAACACCGCAUGUAAAGUCAAAAUAAAAUAUCCAAGUCAUUACAUCCUGCCUUUUGAUGUUAACAAGUUUGCACUGCAUCAUGCUUUUAUGCUAGUCAUGCCGUAUUUAUUAAAUAUGUUCUUAAAGUCUAAGAACAUAUUCUUCCCUUGAAAUUUUUGUUACCUGGUCACAUUAUGCUCCAUUCUCUCCUUGGAAGACUCUUGUUGAAGGCUGGAGCCAGAAAUGAGACAGGCAGGUCAGA